CUGGAGCGGGAGGAGGGCGGUGCUCCCGCUGCAUUGCGUCAUCACGUCGCGCGGACGCAGGGACCAGACCCGGACGGCUCCAGAGCCUCCAGAGCCUCCAGAGCCUCCGGGUCGGGGCGGCGGCGGCGGCGUUUCGGCUCUUCCUGAGCCGCCUGCUGGCCCCGCGCCCCACUCCAUCCCCACAGGCUGGGGACGGGCCCGGCGCGGCUGUGUGUGCUCGGGAGCGGAGUGGCAGAAUCCAAGGACCCAUUUUGUUCUUUCUCCGCACUGCUUUAUGGGAGGCAUUAUGGCCCCCAAAGACAUAAUGACAAAUACUCACGCUAAAUCCAUCCUCAAUUCAAUGAACUCCCUCAGGAAGAGCAAUACCCUCUGUGAUGUGACAUUGAGAGUAGAGCAGAAAGACUUCCCUGCCCAUCGGAUUGUGCUGGCUGCCUGUAGUGAUUACUUCUGUGCCAUGUUCACUAGUGAGCUCUCAGAGAAGGGGAAACCUUAUGUUGACAUCCAAGGUUUGACUGCCUCUACCAUGGAAAUUUUAUUGGACUUUGUGUACACAGAAACAGUACAUGUGACAGUGGAGAAUGUACAAGAACUGCUUCCUGCAGCCUGUCUGCUUCAGUUGAAAGGUGUGAAACAAGCCUGCUGUGAGUUCUUAGAAAGUCAAUUGGACCCUUCUAAUUGCCUGGGUAUUAGGGAUUUUGCUGAAACCCACAAUUGUGUUGACCUGAUGCAAGCAGCUGAGGUUUUUAGCCAGAAGCAUUUUCCUGAAGUGGUACAGCAUGAAGAAUUCAUUCUUCUGAGUCAAGGAGAGGUGGAAAAGCUAAUCAAGUGCGACGAAAUUCAGGUGGAUUCUGAAGAGCCAGUCUUUGAGGCUGUCAUCAACUGGGUGAAGCAUGCCAAGAAAGAGCGGGAAGAAUCCUUGCCUAACCUGCUACAGUAUGUGCGGAUGCCCCUCCUAACCCCCAGGUAUAUCACAGAUGUAAUAGAUGCUGAGCCUUUCAUCCGCUGUAGUUUACAAUGCAGGGAUCUGGUUGAUGAAGCAAAGAAGUUUCAUCUGAGGCCUGAACUUCGGAGUCAGAUGCAGGGACCCAGGACAAGGGCUCGCCUAGGAGCCAAUGAAGUGCUUUUGGUGGUUGGGGGCUUCGGAAGCCAGCAGUCUCCCAUUGACGUGGUAGAGAAAUAUGACCCCAAGACUCAGGAGUGGAGCUUUUUGCCAAGCAUCACCCGUAAGAGACGUUAUGUGGCCUCAGUGUCCCUACAUGACCGGAUCUACGUCAUUGGUGGCUAUGAUGGCCGUUCCCGCCUUAGUUCAGUGGAAUGUCUAGACUACACAGCCGAUGAGGAUGGGGUCUGGUAUUCUGUGGCCCCUAUGAAUGUCCGACGAGGUCUUGCUGGAGCCACCACCCUGGGAGAUAUGAUCUAUGUCUCUGGAGGCUUUGAUGGAAGCAGGCGUCACACCAGUAUGGAGCGGUAUGAUCCAAACAUUGACCAGUGGAGCAUGCUGGGAGAUAUGCAGACAGCCCGGGAAGGUGCCGGACUCGUAGUGGCCAGUGGAGUGAUCUACUGUCUAGGAGGAUAUGACGGCUUGAAUAUCUUAAAUUCAGUUGAGAAAUACGACCCUCAUACAGGACAUUGGACUAAUGUUACACCAAUGGCCACAAAGCGUUCUGGUGCAGGAGUAGCCCUGCUGAAUGACCACAUUUAUGUGGUGGGGGGAUUUGAUGGUACAGCCCACCUUUCUUCCGUUGAAGCAUACAACAUUCGCACUGAUUCCUGGACAACUGUCACCAGUAUGACCACUCCACGAUGCUAUGUAGGGGCCACAGUGCUUCGGGGGAGACUCUAUGCAAUUGCAGGAUAUGAUGGUAAUUCCCUGCUAAGUAGCAUUGAAUGUUAUGACCCUAUCAUCGACAGCUGGGAAGUCGUGACAUCCAUGGGAACCCAGCGCUGUGAUGCUGGUGUUUGUGUUCUCCGCGAGAAGUGACCAUUGUUGGAGCACCACCCAGAGCUAGUGACCAGUCCAGUGGACAGUUAGUGGGAGAAUCAAAACUCCUUUCCAGAAUGUCUGUUUCUCACUAUGUGCACAGGGUGAUUACAGGCACCAGUGCGUGAUGAUUGUGCUUAUUUGACACAUACUCCCCGUCGUCCUGGUUCUUGUUCCUGAGAAGGGUAGGUAACAGAUAUUCCAGGAAAAAGAAUGCACAUUGAAUGGAUGUGAGAGACCACACUGCCUCUCCCACUGCUUUGGGGAGCACUUCCCUGUCAUUUCUAACUUACCACGUGCUUGGUGUACUAUAUGUAUGUUGUGCCUCAUAUGUUGCAAAGAACUAAGGUGAGUAUAGCCUACUAGAUAUGGGCAAUAUCCAGCCUAGGUAAUUGGAAAGAUACCAAUUUAAGUAAACUUGGUAAAAUCCAAGUCUUUUUUUUUUUUUUUCCCAGGAAUGACUACAUUUUCUCAUCUGCAGGUAGCUAGGGGCAACACAGUUCCAUUCUAGAGGGAAACAAAAGGGAGAGCCCCAAAAAACUUUGGAGACAAGAGAGAGAGAGACUCAUCUGACACUUUUUUUUUUUUUUUUUUUUGAGAUGGAGUCUUACUCUGUCACCCAGGCUGGAGUGCAGUGCCACAAUCUCGGCUCACUGCAACCUCCACCUCCGGGGUUCAAGUGAUUCUCCUGUUUCGGCUUCCUGAGUAGCUGGGACUACAGGUGUUUGCCACCACAUCCGGCUAAUUUUUGUAUUUUUAGUAGAGACGGGGUUUCACCAUGUUGGCCAGGAUGGUCUCGAUCUCUUGACUUCAUGAUCCACCCGCCUUGGCCUCCCAAAGUGCUGGGAUUACAGGCGUCAGCCACCGCGCCCGGUCUCUCAUCUGACACUUCUUUUGGAGGUCAGGGUUUGUAUAUCAGAAUUGAAGUUAGAAUAAGUGAAUUAAACUGAAUUUGAUGGAUUGUGAAUGAACCUAGAACAGCACUGAAGUAUUACAUAACCUGGAAGACUGAGAAGGGUAUAUUAUUUGAAGGAUCUUUUUAUUUCCCCAAGGUCUUUCACACUGGAGACAGCAUAAAAGAGUGAACAAAUGUUGGGUUGAGAGAAGAUGACAUCAAUGUGGGAGUUCAGUAUAACUGGGGAUAAACUAGAAGUACCUGUGAUUUUACAGUCGUCUUAUUACCUGCCAGGGCUCAUCUAGCCAUGGCAAUGUUUGCCUUGAAUGGGGGUGAAAGCCUUUGUUGAAUCAAAUACUACUACACUAUUACACUUCCACACUAUUUAUUUGGGGAUGGGCUGGGAGUGACAGUAGUCUAGUAGUUCAGCUCCCUGAUUACUGCCCCAUUCUUUUAGAAGCACACUUCUGCCAAGGAGUGGUUUGUACUGCUGUGUUUGGUACAUUUCGUCUUUUUUCUGCUAUAAGUUUUCCUUAGCUGUCCUUUAGUGUAGAUUUUAUUCAUCACAGGACAGAAUAAUCAAGGACAACCAAAAUCCUUUUGUUAGUUUCAGUACCUCAGCUAUCAACAUUUCUGAGCUAUCAUUCAAUGUUCCUCUGUGUCAUGGAGUGAAAUUCUUGUUUAAUGGGUAUUAGGAGUGUGGGAAUGUGAUAACCUAAACAACCUUUGCUCUGAAAUUCCAUUUUUCCCUCUUUCCCUGAGUUGUAUUGACCUACAGAGUUAAUUUCCUUUGUAUUUUUUUAAGAAAAUAUUAAAAAUCAGUGGUCUCAAA